UUCUAACAAUGGAUUACAAAUUAAUCAUUUCAUGUAAAUAUUCAAAUAAUUUUAUACUUUCAAUAAAUUUGAUUAUAUAAACUAUAACACCACUAUACUCCUCAGAUUUUCAUAUCAUUGGACACCAAAUAUUUCGCGAGUUGACUUGCAAAAUUCACUAAAGAGAAAUACUGCUAGUUUUCGGUUGGUUCCAAUGUGAGUAAUUGUUUCCUCGGCGGGCAUGUCUCAAUAAAAUUAAUAGCCUAAUUAAAUAAAAUUUUAAUAAGAUACCUUAAAGUCACCUAAUAAAAUGUCUGAGGUCCACUUGAUAAACAAAACAAUUGGCUAACAUGAGAUAAACAAAAAGUGGUGAGUAUUAGAUGACAUGACACAUGGUUGAAUACAAUUGGCUAACAUGAGAUAAGGAGCAAUCCAAAGAAUCCAUAUUGGGUGGUGGUUGUGCUUGCUUUUUCGACUCCAUAUUAUUUAUGUGUGUAUGAAUAAACUGAACAUAUAAUAGUCUCAUUCUCACUUAGUAGUAAUACAGAAAUGGCAACCAUCUCUGCAACCUCUUCGGUGGCAAUUGUGUCCCUCGUGCAAAAGGGAUCUGUAUCUCGUCCCUCAUCUGUUGUUGGAUUGCCAUCAUUUGGCAAGGUUGGAAAGGUGAGAUGCUCAAUGGAGGGAAAGCCAAAAGGGGAAUCAAACUUGGGAAUAGGAGAAUCACUGAUGGCAGCAGCAGUAGCAGCAAGCAUGUCAAAUCCAACAGCAAUGGCUCUUGUGGAUGAGAGAAUGAGCACCGAAGGAACUGGACUUCCAUUUGGGCUCAGCAACAACCUUCUUGGUUGGAUCCUUUUUGGUGUCUUUGGUUUCAUUUGGGCUCUCUAUACUAUCUACACUUCUGGUCUUGAUGAGGAUGAAGAGUCUGGAUUGUCUCUUUAAAACUUUUAUUAAUCUACUUAUGCACCUUUUAGUUUUGUGUAUUACUACUUUUCAUCUUGUAUCUCCCUACUUUUCAAUUUAAGUAUUCUAUUUUUCUAAA